CCAUAUAUGUAUAACAAGUCGCCGCAGUGACUGUCUUUGCGAUUAGCAACAGUUUUACAAAAAGACAUACCUAACGUAAUAAUCGGAGCUGUAAUGCGUUGGAAAACCCUUAUGUUGUAUUUGGUAGUGAUGGCGACCCUAACGUCCUCACAGCUUAGCAAUGGACAAACUGUUGAGCAAAGACCUUCAUCACCGGGCAGUGUUCACUUCAGCGGUGUCAAACAGGAACCUGCGGCCCCAACACGACACGGUUCACUUACCUUCAAGCUUGACGAACUUGAACGAGGUGACCAUAAAACAGUGUUGCACAAUUUGAUGAAUGCAAAACUGAAGCGCAUGGAUCCAUCAGUGCAAUGUAGCGACAACCUGAUGACUCUGAAGGUCAAACGGGCCAGAGCUCCUCACUUUCUCGUGGACAGUGGUGAGGGACCUCUCACGCCUUUGUCCCAAAUGCCCCCUAAAUGUGGCUUCUCUGUGAAGAGGUCCCGCAGAGAUGUGCACUUUGCUGCACCUUACCAGGGCUGCCAUGUUACCCAGCAGGGUGGUGAUUAUAUUCUCCCACUGCGUUUAUGGGGGGCACCAAUGACCAUGUCCUGCCCUGCUGUGUUACCAACACCCACUGUUUCCUGCUUCCCAUCUGGGAUGGUGGUGAAGAUUGGUGGUAUUACAGCAAAUCAACUCAAAGUUAAGGUGUCUGGCAGGUGGACACCCCUCUUAAGGAUCUGCAGCAGUUGUGGAAUUGCUGUUGAAGGGCUCUCUGGAGGACUGACACUCACUGCACCCUACAACAGAGGCUUGUGCAUAGAGAUUGAGGAUGAGAAGUAUUUACUUUCUCUUCUGUUGGCGGAUGCUGAGCUCUUAGUCACAUGCCCUUUAUUACUGGACGUUAAGCCUACCACAACAACGACGACUACAGCUACACCAACCACUGAUAGUGGCCAGGCCCUGCAGUAUCCUCAGUACCCCCAGUUCCCAAUGUUUCCUCAAUACCCAGUGUAUCCUGGGGCCACUCCCCCAGCGCACACUCCUGCUCCUACCCCAGGUACAGCGGCACCUUUGCCACAACGUCCACAGCUGCCCUCAGGAGCUGCUACAGACUCAGCAUCUGCAGCUCAGCAGCCUGAAUUUAUCUUCAUGCCACAGUAUCCACAGUUCCCUCAGUACCCCCUGUUUCCCAGGCCGGUACCACCAACACAAUCUACUGCAAAUAAAAACACUGCUGCUCCUCCGGCCCAAUUACCUCAGAUGCCGCAGUCUCCGCAGUAUCCACAGUAUCCAUUUCCUUUUUUCCCACAAUUCCCCAUGGUACCUGGAAUUUUCCAUUCAGCAACUCUUGCCACUACCACAGAGGCUUUGCUAACCACACCGGCCCCCACCACUAAGGAUGAUGGAAAGCCUCAUAUUCCCCAGCAGCCAAAGUUUCUAAUGCCCCCUGAAUAUCCUUUGCUGCCAUUCCCAAAACUCCCACUGCUCCCAGAAGGUCAAACUUUUCAGGUUCCCAAGCCUGUAAACCAGCAGCCCAAACCAUAUUCUGGGUAUCCUCAGAUGUACCAGAUACCUGUGUUGUAUCCUCCUCCUAAAUAUCCUUUUCAAAGACAAAAUACUCAAACUGCUGCUCCUGCUACCACCUCCACAACCACUGCAGCUACCAGUCUAAAGCCUGCGGCUCAAAAGCCAUUUUACUACCCACACCCUUAUAUGCCAGCAUAUUAUGUUCCUCAGCAGGCUCCCAUGCCGGUAUUUCCUGAUCCUCCAACUACACCUCUCGCAAACCCAGCUCCAUCUGAUCAGCUUGAACAACAGCCUAUGUACCGUGCCAUGCCUCCAUUCUAUCCUUUCCCUUCUCAUCAAAGGCCAAAAUCGGCUGCAAGAAACUGGUAAAGGUUCUGCCGUCAGUCCCCAGGAUCCUCGUAGACUCUCCCUCGUGUGUUUUUGGUUAACCUUGCAGAUUAGGCCAUUAAAACUGGAGGAACCUUUCCUGCUGAGUAGCAAUUACAGGGCAAGCAACUAGGUUUCUUGCAUUUAGCAAGAGGGAUUCAAAAUGUAAAUAUACUUACUAACAAUACUACUAAUACUAACAAUAAAGGGCAAGGCUAGACGCA